AUGGUGGAUUUCGAGAGUAUUCUCGCUUGCGUCUUUACCAUUUUAUUUGACGUAUUAAUAAUAUUAUUAGUUGUAUUGUUAGUCAAAUAUUUCUAUGAAACACUAGCGAGAAAAUCUAGUAAUACAACGAAUGAAGAAGUGCCACAAGUUGAAGUUAAAUUAAGUGAAAAUGGCAGACCGAUAAGCGAAAUGACGAUGCUACCGCACCACUACCUAACAGCAUGA